AUGACUUCCAUUGAGCCUGAGGUAGACACAGAUCUAGUUUUCGAUGGCCGCGACAACCAUCCCCGGCUACGACGAGAAGUAGAUGUAAUAGACAAUGACUCUAGUCCGCCAGUGGAAGAACAUUGGCUUACCAGUACUGUUAAUAGGAUAAAACGAAGCAUCAAUCAUAUAUUUUCCAAGGAUACUAAUCCCGAAAAGUUAGACCAUCACCACAAACAGACGAAGACGGUCCACCACAAUGCAAAGGUGAUCAGCAAUCAUCAUCAUAAAGGCAACACGUUAAGAAGGAAACAUCGCCAAGCUGAUGACGAAUAUAAUAGUGCCGAAGAGAGUGAAUACGAUGGCCAAGAUGAUGGCCAAGACAGUCAGGAGGAACAAUAUGAUAUAGACGAGGAUGGUGGCCAACAAAGUGCCGACGACGAUUAUGACGGACAGCAAACUGACGAUGAAGAAUAUGACUCACAGCAAACUGACGACGAUGAUAAUCAAGAACAAAUCGGUGAACAACACGAAGGACAAGACGAACAAAACGGAGAUAGUAACGGACAGAGUCAUCACGAUAAUGGUAACCACAAUAAAAUCGAUGGCACUAAGAAUAAGAACGACGACGACGAUGAGUUCGUCCCUCUUGAAAUAGGGGAAGGGUCCGAUGAUGACAUUGAUGGAAAUGGGCCCGAUGAUGAUGAGGAUAACAACGGAGGCAUUUCCGGUGAUUUCGGUUCUGGAGAAGAAGAACCUAACAUUCCAACCACACCAAGAUUUGACUACGGACAUCCAAGAAUAUUCAGAAUUGCUUUCACCCUUCAAGAACUAUACCAAGAUGCUUACAAUAACAGAAACAGUCCACAAUUUAAGGCACUUGCCGAAAGGAUCAAACGGGAAGUUGAAAGUGUCUAUAAUAAUGUGCCAGGACAGCAAUUCGUUACAGUCAUUAGCAUUGAGAAACGACAAGAUCCAUUCAAAGUGAGGGUAACCGUGGAUGUAGACUCCGAAGGAAACGCCAAUAGUGAAGACAUCAAACGUGCCAUCUAUGACCCAGUAAAAACAAUUCACAGGCUUGGACAACUUACAACGGCAGACCCAGAAGACCUUAGGUUUACAGAGUUCGGAGAAUCGGGUCAAAAAUGCGGCAUUAACGAAAUCCUAUGCAAAAGCGGUCAAUGUGUACCUGCCAAUGCUCGUUGUGAUGGAAUCAAUGAUUGUAACGAUGGUUCAGACGAAGAAGGUUGUCUAAUCGAACCGCCAAUAGUUCCCAAAACUACAGAAAAUCCGGAUCAGAAUCCAGAUCAACCUAUAGAGGUAGAUGUAAUUCCCACCACAACUACAACAACAGAAACUCCUGAGACUACUGUGUUUGAAACUGAACCUCCAACAACUACACCACCGACGACUACUACUACUUCGACGGAAGCACCAUUUACGUGGGAAACGGAACCACCAACAACUCCCACCACUACGACUACCACCACAACCACCACGGCUAGAACCACAACGGUGGAGUCGGAACCAGACACAGAGUCACCGAUUAUUGACGAGGGCAGUGGUGCAGGAGAUUGCCGCGCAGACGACUCGGUUAAAUGCGCAGAUGGCUCGAGAAUCAUUUGCGCCGAUCAACAGUGCGAUGGUCAAGAAGACUGUGAUGAUGGAAGCGAUGAGAUAAACUGUGUAACUACUCGCAAGGAAUGUCGUCAAGGAGAAUUCAAGUGUGAUGUUUACCGUUGUAUUCCAUUAUCUCAACAUUGCGAUGGAAAAAUGGACUGUACUGAUGGUACAGACGAACACAACUGCCAGAGAGAAUGCAACGAUAACGAAUUUUCCUGCGACGACCAAUGUUUGCCGUUGGAGAGGAAAUGCGAUGGAAACAGAGACUGCAGGGAUAACGCUGACGAACAAGACUGUCCAGGUAAGUGA